GUCUCCUUCUGGCCGCCAGCUCACUUUGUUACGGCUGUGUUUUUCCUAGUAGUAGUUGUUGUUGUUGUUGUUGUGUAGCGUUGGCGUUAGCCCUCAGCUGUCUGCUUUGCUAAUGUGUAGCUAUAGUUAUUGCCUCCCAGUGGUGGAAAAAGUGUUCAAAUCUUUUAACGAUUCCUUGAGUAGUUUGAGAUCCUUGAAAGACUCCGAAGGCAGCAUGGCUCCCAAGGACAUCAUGACCAACUCCCAUGCAAAAUCCAUCCUCAAUGCAAUGAAUGCACUUCGGAAGAGCAACACACUCUGCGACAUCACUCUGAGGGUGGAGAACACAGAUUUCCCGGCUCACCGGAUUGUCUUGGCCGCCUGCAGCGACUACUUUUGUGCCAUGUUCACCAGCGAGCUUGCAGAGAAGGGGAAAUCCUUUGUGGACAUCCAGGGGCUCACCGCUUCGACAAUGGAGAUCCUGCUGGACUUUGUCUACACAGAGACGGUUUUAGUCACAGUGGAGAAUGUACAAGAGCUGCUCCCUGCUGCGUGCUUGCUGCAGCUCAAAGGGGUGAAACGAGCCUGCUGCGAUUUUUUGGAGAGUCAGCUAGACCCUUCCAACUGUCUGGGUAUCCGAGACUUUGCCGAAACUCACAACUGCCUCGACCUGAUGCAGGCCGCUGAGCUCUUCUCGCAGAAGCAUUUCUCUGAGGUGGUUCAGCACGAAGAGUUCAUGCUGCUCAGCCAGACAGAAGUGGAAAAGCUCAUAAAGUGUGAUGAAAUCCAGGUGGACUCAGAGGAGCCUGUGUUUGAAGCCGUGUUAAACUGGGUCAAACACAACCGAAAAGAGCGAGAGCCCUAUCUUCCAGACAUGCUCGAGUUUGUCCGAUUGCCGCUCCUGACCCCCCGCUACAUUACAGAUGUCAUUGAUGCCGAGCCCCUCAUACGGUGUAGCCUGCCGUGUCGAGACCUUGUUGAUGAAGCCAAGAAAUUCCACUUGAGACCCGAGCUGAGGAGUGAGAUGCAGGGCCCGCGCACACAAGCUAGACUAGGUGCCAAAGAAGUCUUGUUGGUUAUUGGAGGGUUUGGCAGCCAACAAUCACCCAUCGACAUCGUUGAAAAAUAUGAUCCCAAAACACAAGAGUGGAGCUUCCUGCCUAACAUUGCACGGAAAAGGCGCUACGUCGCCACGGUGUCUCUUCAUGAUCGCGUUUAUGUGAUCGGAGGUUAUGACGGCCGCUCGAGGCUCAGCUCAGUGGAGUGUCUGGACUACACCGCAGACGAGGACGGGGUUUGGUACACCGUCGCCACCAUGAACGUGCGCCGUGGACUCGCCGGAGCCACAACACUCGGAGAUAUGAUUUAUGUUGCUGGGGGCUUUGAUGGCAGCCGACGUCACACCAGCAUGGAGAGAUAUGACCCAAACAUUGACCAGUGGAGCAUGCUGGGAGAUAUGCAGACGGCCAGAGAAGGAGCUGGUUUGGUGGUGGCCAGUGGGCUCAUAUACUGUCUGGGUGGAUACGAUGGACUCAAUAUUCUGAAUUCAGUGGAGCGGUAUGACCCACACACAGGCCACUGGACCAGUGUUACCCCCAUGGCCACCAAGCGGUCAGGAGCUGGUGUGGCGUUACUAAAUGACCACAUCUACGUCGUCGGGGGCUUUGAUGGCGUCUCACAUCUGGACUCUGUUGAAGUCUACAACAUCAGAACGGACUAUUGGACGACAGUAGCCAGUAUGACCACUCCUCGAUGUUACGUAGGAGCGACCGUUCUACGAGGACGUCUCUACGCCAUCGCAGGCUAUGACGGGAACUCUCUCCUCAGCAGUAUUGAAUGUUACGACCCUGUCAUCGACUCCUGGGAGGUUGUCACUUCGAUGGCGACACAGCGGUGUGACGCGGGAGUCUGCGUUCUACGAGAAAAGUGAAUCUUUGCCAAGAAUGAAGAGCCCAACGCGGGGGGACGCAGACAGAAGGACAGGCAGCUAGACUUUGCUACAAAUGCCACUUAACAGAGCCACAGAGGGGGAUGUUUGUUCGCCAGUAUGCAAACAGGUACUCUCAACUGACGGGCAGCGGUUUGGGCUGCCACCUCGACACUAAGACUGUGCAACAGAGAUUCAGCUUCACCGCAGUAGACGUCAUCUCAAAAAGAGGCCUCCAGGAAGCCCAUCACUACAUGCAUGACUCUCUUCGGUGGUACAUGUUGCUGUCGUUACCUGUGAGAUUAUUUUUUCAGUUCGUCUUCAAAGUGCAAUAUAUUUCUACUCAUCAUGAGAAAACGUAAGAGGAAGGAGCCGACGAAGACUCCAGUUGCUGCUAUUCGCCUUAUGACUUUGGCCUGCAUCCAACAUCCGCGCUGCCACCCAUUCGACUUUGAAGAUAGAUAAAGUACAAUGGUUAAAAUCGAGUGUACUCAUUGGCAUCUGCGAGGUCAUUAACGGGUCUGUAAUUCAGCCCUUUUUUGUAAUUCUUCCUGUAAACUGUGCUUUUAGAUUCAAAUCACUUUAUUAUAAAGUUUAAUACUUAUUGUCGCUCUCAGAAUCUAUAUUUAGAGAUGAAUAUGGUUUUAGAAAAUGACUGAAUUGUAACAGUUGAUCUUUUGUCCUUCCAUUCAGUGGGAAUGCAGAAUCACACAGCAGUAAGUAUGAGGUGCAUGUGAUUUGUUUUUAUUCCUCAUCCUAUGGCCUUGGAUAUGUUCGUGGAGGACACAAAAGUCAGAACGUCACUGUUGCCUGGGAAGUGAAUAAACAUAAUGAGAACCGAAA